AUGUCCCUUCUAUCCCCAGACAUACAUGCAGAGCUCACGCAGCUUUUGCAGGCACUUCAGGCUUCCGACAAUGGCAUCCGAUCUCAAGCUGAGGAGCAUCUCCAGAACAGCUGGACAAACUCGCGUCCAGAAGUCCUUCUAAUGGGACUUGCGGAGCAGAUACAAGCUGGUGCAGAUAAUGCGAUUCGAUCUUUCGCUGCCGUCAUAUUCAGACGGAUUUCUUCAAAAACCCGGAAAACCGACACUGGGAACAACGUGGAUAUGUUUUAUUCGCUAGUAAAGGACCAAGCCAUCGUCAUUCGCCAGAAACUACUCGAGACCCUAGGCUCUGAAACCGAUCGAGCAGUUCGAAACAAAAUUAGCGAUGCCGUUGCUGAGGUCGCGCGGCAAUACACAGAUAAUAAUGAUUCUUGGCCGGAACUUCUGGGAGCGCUCUUCCAGUUAAGCCAGGCAAUAGAAGCUGAAAAGCGCGAGACCGCAUACAGAGUUUUUGCUACGACUCCCGGAAUCAUCGAGAAGCAACACGAGGAAGCCGUUCUGCAGGCCUUCCAAAGAGGAUUCAAAGAUGACGCAGUACAGGUCCGAUUGGCCGCUAUGGAUGCUUUUGCAUCUUUCUUCAGGACGAUCAGCAAGAAAGGCCAAUCCAAGUACUAUGCUCUCAUUCCCGAUGUGCUCAAUAUUCUCCCCCCUAUCAAGGACAGCCAAGACUCGGAUGACUUGAGCAAAGCUCUCGUGGCCCUCAUUGACCUGGCGGAGACGGCACCGAAAAUGUUCAAACCUCUCUUCCACAACUUGGUCCAGUUCAGCAUCUCGGUAGUCCAAGACAAAGAACUGGAUACUAUUUGCCGACAGAAUGCAUUGGAAUUAAUGGCUACCUUCGCUGAUUAUGCCCCAUCGAUGUGCCGAAAGGAUGCGUCUUACACGACCGAUAUGAUCACUCAGUGCCUGAGUUUGAUGACUGAUCUUGGCGAAGAUGAUGACGAUGCUACCGAAUGGCUGGCAUCUGAUGAUCUUGAGGCAGAUGAGAGUGAUCAGAACCAUGUUGCUGGAGAGCAAACUAUGGAUCGCCUGGCUAAUAAGCUGGGGGGCCAGACAAUCCUUGCUCCCACCUUCAACUGGCUUCCGCGAAUGAUGACGUCCAUGGCUUGGAGAGAUCGACAUGCUGCACUCAUGGCGAUUUCUGCCAUUUCGGAGGGCUGCCGGGAUCUCAUGAUCGGAGAGCUUAGCCAAGUUCUUGACUUGGUGAUCCCAGCUCUCCAAGAUCCACAUCCUCGUGUGCGAUGGGCUGGCUGCAACGCUUUAGGGCAAAUGAGUACUGAUUUUGCGCCCAAAAUGCAAACCGAUUUCUAUGACCGGAUUUUGAAAGCCAUUAUUCCUGUCCUUAACUCGCCAGAGGCUCGUGUAAAAUCUCAUGCGGCUGCAGCCCUGGUAAACUUUUGUGAGGAAGCGGAAAAGUCCAUUCUGGAACCCUACCUGGAUGAGCUCUUAUCACACUUGUUCCAAUUGCUUCAAAGCGAGAAACGAUUUGUUCAGGAGCAGGCAUUAUCCACAAUCGCAACUAUAGCCGACGCAGCCGAGGCGGCAUUUGCAAAAUACUACGAUACCCUAAUGCCUCUUCUCGUCAAUGUUCUUCAGACUCAGAGUGAGAAGGAGUAUAGGCUACUACGAGCCAAAGCAAUGGAGUGUGCAACUCUUAUUGCCCUUGCUGUUGGAAAAGAGCGACUUGGGCAGGAUGCCAUGACUCUUGUUAAUCUCCUAGCUCACAUCCAGACAAAUAUCACGGAUGCAGAUGAUCCGCAGGCACAAUAUCUUAUGCAUUGCUGGGGUCGUAUGUGCCGCGUUCUUGGUACUGAUUUCAUUCCUUUCCUUGAGAAUGUUAUGCCACCACUUCUUGAACUUGCCAUGGCCAAGCCGGAUAUCCAGCUGCUGGACGAUGAUGAGCAAGCAGAGCAAAUGCAAGGCGAAGAGGGCUGGGAUACCAUGGAUGACAAGAAUAUGGCUAUUGAGCUCUUGGUUGUUUAUGCUCAGGUGCUCGAAGGUGCUUUUGCACCAUUCGUCGCAAAUAUCAUGGAGAAGAUUGCCCUGCCCGGUCUUUCGUUCUUCUUUCACGAUCCUGUCCGUUAUAUCUCGGCCAAGCUUGUUCCGCAGCUGCUCAGCUCGUAUAAAAAGGCUUACGGUUGCCCUUCAAACGAGCUAACUGGCCUGUGGAAUGCGACCGUGGAUAAGCUAUUGGAGGUACUCACGGCUGAACCAGGAAUUGAUACACUUGCGGAGAUGUAUCAGUGUUUCUACGAGUCUGUGCAAGUCCUGGGCAAAGAGUGUCUUACGAUAGACCAUAUGAACCGAUUUAUCGACUCCUCGCUCUCUGCACUGGAGGAUUAUAAAGACCGGGUGGCAGAGCGUGCUGAUGCUAAGGAAGGGGCCACUGCUGAUGACGUGGAGGACGAAGCAGAGGAGACCCUGAUAGCGAUCGAAGAUGACCAAACGCUUCUCUCUGAUAUGAACAAAGCAUUUCACUCUAUCUUCAAGAACCACGGCGUUUCAUUUCUGCCCGCUUGGGAGCGCCUCAUGUCUACUUAUGAAGGAUUUCUUUCGUCACCUGAUCCAACGCAGCGACAAUGGGGUCUCUGCAUCAUGGACGAUGUUUUGGAGUACUGUGGCCCCCAAAGUAUUCGAUAUGCGACGUACAUUCAACAGCCCCUUAUUGAUGGCUGCCAGGAUGCCUCUGCAGCGAUCCGUCAAGCAGCUGCAUACGGUAUUGGAGUUGCAGCACAUAGAGGCGGCGCUGCGUGGUCCCCCUUCCUAGGCGGAUCAGUGCCGUUCCUGUUUCAAGUCACCCAGGUUCCCGAUGCUCGGAACGAAGACAACGUUUAUGCUACAGAAAAUGCCUCAGCUGCCAUUGCCAAGAUUCUCCAUUACAACUCCGGCAACGUUGAUGAUGUUAACACAAUAAUCACGCGGUGGAUUGACACAUUACCAGUAACCAACGAUGAAGAAGCGGCACCGUAUGCCUAUGCAUAUCUAGCAGAGCUGAUUGAUCGUCAAUACCCAUCCGUAAUGAACCAAGCUGGCAAGGUUUUUGUAUUCAUUGCACAGGCCCUGGAAGCAGAAACACUUCAGGGGCAAACGGCUAGCCGUGUAGCUGCCGCGACAAAAAUUCUUCUAACUGCUGCAAAUGUAGACCCAAUGCCACUGCUUCAGCAAUUCUCUCCAGAGUCACAGCGAACUAUCAUGGGAUAUUUCAGCUAA